AGUGGAACUACAUAGAUAGUAUAGGCGGCCUAGCUAUUCUCGUACGUGAUCAUCAUCAUUAUCAUACAAAACCAAAUUUGGGAGUUAUUAGUUGAUUCCACUCCAUCAUCAUCUGACCGUCAAACCCCAUCCAUCAUUAGCCGCCGGGCAUGGAUGAGACAACUAAGUCAGGCAAUAGUGCUCUAACCUCAUGGCAAAUAAAAGGAAAAGGUGGAUUUAAAGCUGCUUCUUUCCUAUAUGUGCUGGCGGCACUAGACAACAUGGGAUUUGUAGCAAACAUGGUGAGCUUGGUGUUGUACUUCCAUGUGAAGCUGCAUUUUGAUAUUCCAACCGCAUCGAACACACUCACAAACUUCAUGGGCUCAACUUUCUUGCUCUCAAUUGUGGGCGGAUUCAUAUCUGAUACUUAUAUCAAUAGAUUACAUACAUCUCUCAUCUUCGGACUACUUGAAGUUCUGGCAUUGAUAUUGAUGACAAUCCAAGCAAGAUUCACAAGCCUACAACCAGAAGUGUGUACCAACAACAAGGGAAGUUGCAUGGAGGGUAACAAAGCACUCCUCUUCUAUGUCUCCCUUUGUGCAUUGGCAUUGGGGUCUGGUGGGGUGAGGGGUGCACUCCCAGCACUUGGCGCCGACCAAUUUGACCACACACAUCCCAAAGAGGCCAAGGCCUUUGCAAGCUACUUCAACUACCUCUUGUUCAGCACCACCGCCGGCGCCACCAUCGGCGUCACCUUCAUUGUCUGGCUCACCACCGAGAAGGGCUGGUGGUGGGUUGGUUUUCUCAUCUCCGUCGUUGGUGUUAUCGUCGGUUUCGCCGUCCUCGCCGCCGGAAAGCCUUUCUACCGCCUUCAAACUCCCGGCGGCGGUCCGCUCUUGAGAAUUAUUCAGGUAAUUUUUGUGUCAAUAAAGAACCGAAAGCUAAGAUUACCAGAAAAUGAUGGUGAAUUGUAUGAGAUGGAGGACAAAGGAUCAAGCAGCUAUGUGGAAGAAGAAAAGCUUUUACACACUGACCAGUUUAGAUUCUUGGACAAGGCAGCAAUUGUUACAGAAAAUAAUACAACACCAUGGACAGUGUGCACAGUGACCCAAGUAGAAGAAGUGAAAGUCCUAAUAAGAAUGCUACCAAUCAUAGGCAGCACCAUAUUAAUGAACACCUGCCUAGCCCAACUCCAAACCUUCUCAGUCCUCCAGGGCUACAGAAUGGACCUCCAAUUAGGCUCCAUAAAGAUGGCCCCCUCAUCAGUUCCCGUGAUCCCCCUCCUCUUCAUGACCCUCCUCAUCCCUCUCUACGACCGCGUCUUCGUCCCACUCGCCCGCACCCUCACCCACCACCCCUCCGGCAUCACCCAGCUCCAGCGCGUGGGCGUCGGCCUCGUCCUCUCCGUCGUGUCCAUGGCCGUGGCCGCCCUGGUGGAGAUCAAGCGGAAACGCCACUCCUUGAGGGACCCUUUGCACCCCAUUCACGUCUUGUGGCUCGGCUUCCAGUACGGCAUCUUUGGGAUCGCCGACAUGUUCACCUUGGUUGGCUUGCUUGAAUUCUUCUACAAAGAAGCCCCCUCCGGGAUGAGAUCACUCUCCACUUCUUUCACUUGGAUCUCCCUCUCCUUUGGGUAUUUCUUGAGCAGCGUGUUUGUUGACGUCAUCAAUGCCGUCACCAAGAAAGUGGGGUCCACCCACAGAGGGUGGCUUGAGAGUAAUGAUUUGGACCAGAACAAACUCAACUUCUUCUACUGGUUCUUGGCCGUUCUUAGUGCCAUCAAUUUUGCAGUUUAUCUGUUGAUGGCUUCUUGGUACAAGUACAAAUCUGAAGAUAAUAAUAAGCCUAUCACUAUUCCACUUUCUGUGUCCAAAAGUGGGGUGCCAUUUCUCAAGGAUCCAUCUAAAGAUGAAACACCAUCAUCAAUAUCUACUGGGCAGCCUGUUGAGGACAAUGCCAAUACCGCAGAAAAGAAGGAUGAUGAUAAGUGAAGAAGGCACUGACCAAACCAAUUCAAGUUACACACCCCAUUCAUCAAUAUGGAUGGGCUGUUUUUCUUCUGUUUCUUUUGAGUGUUUAAUUUAAUUUGGUCUCAUUUUUUAGGGAAUUGAAAUUCUCUUUGUGUGGGCCGAAUCAUUGUUAAGAAAACCAACACACGUCCAUGUUUGAAUUGGUUAUUAAUAAGUCUCUUAGCCUAGCUAAAGCUUCGAAAUGAAUCAAAUUAUGUUAGCCCUUGUUGUGGCCAAAUUUUACUGUGAACCAUGGAAAUAUGUAUCAUUUUAUUUACAUUUUAAUUUUAUUUGAUAAUGUUGUUAUGUUUUUA